UCAACAAGUGAGAAUUGAGGUUAUUUUCUAAGUUUUGUUAUUAUUCGUAUAAAUCCAAUAAAAAAUAAAUCAAAAUGCCGUUCAUGAAAGGAAAAGCACCUAUUCGACGCACACUGAACUACCUAAAUGCGGGAAAACUAGUGUUGAAAGACAAAAUCAAGGUAUUCUCAGUCGCAUACAACAUCGUUGGAAAAAACAAUGAUGGAGCUAAGGAAUUCGUAUUCUGGUACCUACCACAGAUACAGUACAAAAAUCCAGACGUCCAAGUCGCUACGUUGAGGAAUUUAACACCGUCUCCAUUCAUUAAAUGUUAUUUCGAAGAUGGAAGACAGAUCAUAGUAGAUAUAGACAACAAACCCAAGGAGGAGAUAUUGAAUCAUUUGCUACAGACUGUUGGGAAGUCCAAACAGGUGUUGGACGCCGAGGCUAUAGCUGCAGAGAAGAAGGACAACCCCGCUAACUUCGGUGUUGGCUGUGAACGACCGUGUAUCUGUGAAGUCUACGGACAAGUACCUUGUCCGGGAGUGAUUGCGUUACCAAAGGUUAUGAGAGGCAAAUACAAGUUCCAAAAUAAUUAGGCUAUAGUAUUAGUGUAAAUAAAUUGUAGGUAAUGUUUUA